GGCGGGAAGGGGCGGCGGGAAGGGGCGGGAGCGGCCGGCGGGGCCUCCCGGCGGGCCGGGGGGGCCGAGGCGGUGCCUCGGGCCGGGCGCGGAGGGCGCUGCGGGCGCUGCCGCCUCCCCGCCGCGGGGAUGAGCGCCUCGGCGGCCACCGGCGUCUUCGUGCUCUCCCUCACCGCCAUCCCCGUCACGUACCUCUUCAACUGCCUGGCGGCCGUCGGCAGUUCCUGGGUAAUCGUUGCAGCUGGAUUGCUGGUUCUGGUUUUUAUUGGCCUGUUGGCUCGUGCUCUUGUCAAAAGAAAACCACCCAAAGACCCGCUGUUUUAUGUUUAUGCUGUAUUUGCCUUCACCAGUGUAGUGAAUCUAAUAAUUGGACUGGAACAAGAUGGAAUUAUUGAUGGAUUCAUGACUCAUUACUUGAGAGAGGGAGAGCCCUAUCUGAACACUGCCUAUGGCCACGUGAUCUGCUACUGGGAUGGCUCUGUUCAUUACCUGAUGUACCUGUUGAUGGUGGCAGCUAUUGCAUGGGAACAAAGCUAUAGAACCAUUGGCCUCUACUGGCUAGGUUCCAUUAUAAUGAGCAUCAUUGUCUUUAUGCCUGGAAACAUUGUGGGGAAAUACGGAACAAAAGUGUGUCCAGCUUUUUUCUUAAGUAUACCAUAUAUUUGCCUUCCUGUGUGGGCUGGGUUCCGGAUUUAUAAUCAACCUUCAGUGACUCAUGAUGCUCCAGUCAAGGUGGUUCAGGAAGUCCAGAAGAAAGGACUCUUAAGACGACCAAUAGAUUUAAUGUUAGCUGCAUACCUCAUCCUAGCAACAGGGUUUUGCAUAUUUAGGGGCAUGAUUGCUCUGGAUUGCCCUGCUGAACUCUGCCGGCUGUACAUUCAACUUCACGAGCCUUAUAUAAAAGAUCCAGCUGCCUAUCCUAAGCUUCAGAUGCUGGCAUACAUGUUCUACUCUGUGCCAUACUAUGUGGUUGCUCUGUAUGGCCUACUGGUGCCUGGUUGUUCCUGGAUGCCUGAUUUAACCCUUAUACAUGCUGGAGGACUAGCUCAGGCUCAAUUUUCCCAUAUUGGUGCUUCUCUUCAUGCUCGAACUCCUUACAUCUACAGAGUCCCUGAAGAAGCAAAACAGUUUUUUCUGGUAUUGAACAUAAUGUAUGGAAUUCUUCCCCAGCUGUUGGCUUACAGGUGUGUGAAUAAGCCAGAAUUUUUUAUGAAAACAAAACAAGAAGAAAAAACAGAAUAGCACAACUGUUUUCAGCUCCUCUUUUUGGCGAUGUGUAUCGUUGGGUUGGGAUGUGAUUGAACUGCUCAAAUGGAACCCAAACGAAGGUGUGUAAAAUGGCACAAGUGUGUAAAGUUGCACGGUCUGUUUUGUUUAUCCUACUCAGAAGGGGAAAAUAAAGACGACUGCCUUCAGUA